AUGGCCGACGACCACGAUAAUCACUCUACGGGGUCGCACCCCAUUGUCCGCUCCGGAUCAUCAUCGUCAACGGCUCCUUCUGAAAACAACGAGCCCGUCAUCCACCAGCCUAUCCCAACUCGUCCACGCCUACCCAGCCGCAAGAGCAGUGGGCCGCUCGUUGUCCCUCGCGAUAGCUCAGAAGUCGGUCCCGUCGAGUCGCACUUUGGCCCCGACGACGUCAGAGCCAUGAGCCCUCGACGAACCAGCGAAGACAUUGACAAGCUCGGCAAGGAAGCUCGCGAAGAGUUGCGUCGUCAUGCCAAAGCCCUGCAGGAUUCCCUCAUCGACAUAUUCAAUCGCAUAGAAGCCGUUCGCGAGGAGCACGACAAACUCGACAGCAACAACAAGUUUUUGCAAAAAUACAUUGGCGAUUUGAUGAGCACCAGCAAGAUUACCGCCUCUACUGGUCGAGCCAAGAAAUAG